AUGUCUACAACUAUUUCGAAUCCGGCAGAAGUAGCCAAGACGCGUUUACAAUUACAAGGGGAACUUGCUAAAGGUGGUUUUAAACCAGUUUAUGCAGGUCCUUUGGACGUUGUAUUUAAAACCUGGAAGAAUGAGGGUGUACAAGGUGUGCAACGCGGGUUAGGGGCCGCCUAUGCAUAUUCGGUAUGUCGCAGACCUCUACACGAACUUGCCUCACGCCUCUACAGAGCCUCUUACAGAUCUGCAUCGCAAUCGCUAAAUCUAGGAUUAGGGAAGGGGACUCAAGAUCGCCUACCCUUCACAACGAUCGCAGCUGGAACAUGUACAGGUAUCGUCGGAGUCAAGGCGCGCAUGCAGGCAUAUUCUCCUUCCUUGCCUGUGGGAACACAAAGACAAUAUAAUUCGGGAUUCCAUGCUCUAAAAACAAUCUGCGCCGAGGAAGGUUUAAAAGGCCUCUUUCGGGGUUCUAGAGCGGCUAUGUUCCGUACCUCCUUAGGCACAUCAGUGCAGAUGCCCACGUAUUUCUUCACAAAACGUAUGAUAGUAGAUCAAGGUUUGAUGAGGCCUGAGAAUCCUUUGGUUGUGAUCUCUAGCAGCGCGGCGGCAGGCGCCACAGUGGUAAGCAUGCGACCACCAGCUGCGCCAGGCUAA